AUGUCUAUUGAGGAACCGUUGUUUUUUAAUUCAAUUGUAGAUUUGUUUUCCCAAAAUACUUCGCGGACUAACAGCAACCACACUUCUGCUGCUGAUAUGGAACACUUGCUGUAUCCGUGUGGGAUUGCAAUCGCUAUCGUUUAUGGGAUCAUUAUAAUUGUUGGACUCAUAGGCAACAUAACGCUCAUCAAGACGUUUUACACAAUGAAAUCCAUGAGAACAGUCCCUAACCUGUUCAUAUCUAGCCUUGCAUUGGGAGACAUACUCCUUCUCGUUACUUGCGCACCAGUGGAUGCCAGCAGGUACCUGACUGACGAGUGGCUCUUUGGCAGAGUGGGCUGCAAACUAAUUCCGUUCAUCCAGCUCACGUCGGUUGGUGUGUCUGUUUUCACACUGACGGCACUUUCCGCGGACAGGUACAAAGCAGUGGUCCAACCAAUGGACAUACAGGUGCCAAACGCCACAGUGAGAAUCUGCACCAGAGCAGUGGCCAUCUGGAUGUUCUCCAUGACCCUGGCCAUUCCUGAGGCUGUCUUCUCUGACCUGCAUGCCUUCAGCAUUGCAGAAACCAAUGAGACCUUUGUGACAUGCGCUCCCUACCCAAGCGCGGGCGACCUGCACCCCAAGAUCCACUCCACGGCCUCCUUCCUCAUAUUCUACAUCAUCCCCCUCUUCAUCAUUUCCGUCUAUUAUUUCUUCAUUGCACGCAGUCUGAUUAGGAGUGGCUACAACAUGCCAGCAGAGGGCAACGUUUACAUCAGAAGGCAGAUGGAGUCCAGGAAGAGGCUGGCGCGGAUGGUGCUGGUGUUCGUGGCCCUCUUUGCUGUGUGCUGGCUCCCCAACCACGUGGUCUACCUGUACCGCUCCUACCACUACUCAGAGGUGGACACCUCCCUGCUCCACUUCAUCUCCAGUGUGUGUGGCCGUGUCCUGGCUUUUGCCAACUCCUGCAUCAACCCCUUUGCCCUUUACCUGCUCAGCAAGAGCUUCCAGAAGCAGUUCAACAGGCAGCUGUGCUGCUGCCGCCCCCCUCUCAUCAUUCGCUCCCAGAGCAGGGGGCGGAGCACCACCAGGGUGACCUCACUGAAGAGCACCAAUCACUCGAUACCCAACUUCAACAUCAUCAAUGGCCACCACCUCUGUCAGCAAGGAUACAUGUAGGAGGGAAGUCUCAUCCGCUGCAGUUGCUGAGCACUUUUGUUUUUUUUCAGUCAACACUGUAACGCAACAUAACAUAACAUAACAACAUAACAUGAUAUGACAUGAGAUAAAUUAUGAAAACAGAUUAUUCAGCCCAACGCUUGCCAUUUUCCUGCCUCUAAAGGGUGCUUACAUUUUACCCACAAACUAGAUAGCAUUCAGGACUGUAUCAAGCCUGGGCUUGAAAAACCCCUGAGUUUCUGCCUCUGCUGGUUGACCUGGCAAGCUGUUCCACACAGUGACUACUGUCUGUGUGAAGAAAGACUUCCUGAUGUCUGUGCAGAAUUGACCUUUUGCUCAUUUUCGUUUAUGCCCCAUCGUUCUACUGACAGAACUCAACCUGGAGAAUCGCUUGCAGUUCACCUUGUUAAUCCCUUGAUAAACAACAGAUCAACAGACUCAGUACUAUUGCAUUUGCUGUCCUAAAGUACACAUACAUGUACUAUAUGUUUAUAUCUAUAUAUACUGUACAUACAUACAUACACACACACACACACACAUACAUGCACCAUCAGCAUAGUUGGAUAGGGAUUUUAGGCUUAGAUUAGUGAUAGUGAUGCUACCUACAGAUCAGCAUCAUAACUAAGGACUGUAACUAUGGCCAGUGAGCAAUGCAUAAAAAUGAACUCAUGAGUACCAACAGAAAAGAACAUUGUUUACUUUGCUAUUCUUUGUUAGGACUUUGCAAUUGUUUUUAACAUAGCCUUACUUUAAGUACAAUUACCUGGAAAAUACAGCACAAAUCUACUUGUAAAAGUCCAGACUGAUUUUUCUCCACCAGACAUUUGAAGGACUUCAUUGGAAAAGCCAUGUUCUGAUUCUUUAAAUAAUGACUUCAGCAAGAAGCAAUUUUCAGAACAGUUAUUGCCGAGUACUUACAGUGUCCUCUUUUAUUUAUUUUAAACCACUGCAUAUGCUUUUCUGUGAGGGUUACCUCUACGUUCUGUUUUUUUGCUUACAUGCUGUAUGUAUGCAUACCCACUCAGUUCUUUAAAUAUGACUACAUUUGAGAGGGAAAAGAGGGAUGGCCAUUUGAGGACUAUAUGAGACCUGUUCAGCGUUAUUUCAGCUCUAAAAGAGUGCAUACAGGUCCAGUAGGGACAAUAUGUACUCUUAUAUAUUCAUUUAACACAGAACAUUUUACUGUAAAUAAUUUGUGAAUGUAUUAAUUUACUGUGAAUGUACUUAAGAACAUGUAGGUGCCUGCUAAGGUGUGAGCCAGGAGUCUGUGUCUGACCACAGACCUCUUCAGAUUGCACCAUGGUUCCCCUGACCCCCUUGAAAUAUUUCUUUCUUUCUUUCUUUCUUUCUUUCUUUCUUUCUUUCUUUCUUUCUUUCUUUCUUUCUUUCUUUCUUUCUUUCUUUCUUUCUUUCUUUCUUCCUUCCUUUCUUCCUUCCUUCCUUCCUUCCUUCCUUUUAAGAUAAUGUUAGUUAUAGGUGUGCAGACGUUAGACAGAAAGGAAGUUUAGCUUUCUUUUGUUCCAAUACAAUACAUAUAGUUCCUUGUUUCUGUAGGUUAGCAUUACACUUAUUAAUUGUAAAUGUGUCUUUACUGUACCUUAUUGUAUGUCACUCUAGAUGUGUGUCUGCUAAGCAAUUGUGAUGUAUUGAAUAUAUAUGCACACACAUACACAAACUGCCCUCCAGAAUUAUUGGCACCCUCAUUUGAAAUAAGCAAAAACUGCUUGAUAAAAUUCACUUCAUUGUUUAUAAUUUUAAAAAAUUAAAAAGUGAUAUGAGAAAAUAGCGUGAUAGCGCCAAGAUAACAGCACUGAUUCCUCUAUAAUGUUUGAAGAGGUGGGAGAACACACAGGAAGGGCCCGGAGAACAUUCCUUCAUGCAGAAUUUCUCCAGAUCAACCAAAAGUGCUUGGUCUUCUCUUGUGGACUCUCCUCACCCCACAGGUUUUCAAUGGGGCUUAGGUCUGGGGACUGGGAUGGCCAUUGCAAAAGCCUGACUCUGUUGUCACUUGACCUUUUUUUGUAAAUUUGGAGGCAUGCUUUUGGAUCAUUGGCAGUCUGUUAGCAGAGGCAGCCAGAUGCCAGGCUAAAUUCUGGUAAUUGACAGUUCUUGAUGCCAUGGAUCCUAAUAAGGUUCCCAUGGCUUUUGGAAGUUAAACAGCAACACAACAUCAAAUAUUCACCACCAUACUUCUAGUACUAUACUAUACUAUACUAUGGGUUUCCUUCUGAUGAUCAUCCCUCUUUUUUAUACAAACACACGCACACACACACAGUCCGAGAGACAUAAGAUAUUUAUUGGGAAAAGUGAGCAUUAAACAGAAAAUGAAACAACGUUAAUUUGUUACACAUAAUAAGAUAUGCGGUUUAAUGCAUUUAUUGACAGAUGCAGGUAUUUUUGAGCUUAGUACCUGUGUUGUUUUAUACAAUCUAAUUUUUGCUGAUCUUUCUUGAGGGUGCCAUUGUGUUCUGACAAUUGGUAGUUGAUCUGUGCACAGUGGCUGUUUUUCUUGCUAAAAUUGAUUCAAAUAACAUUUUUUCCUUAAUUUUGAGUUAUAACUGAAUGGAAAUCAGCAUUUCAUUCUUCACAAACACAGUUUAAUGAGUUCAGCAAUCAACAAAACAAAUUUACCGAACUGAGUUUGCUAAGAGAAAGUGUAAUGCUUGUGUUUACUCAUAUGUAAGUUAAAGUCAAAUGUUGAUUGAAUACAGGUAAUUGUGAUUUUUAUUCUUUGUUUUGGCUAUUUGUCAGGACAUUUUGCAAGACUUGGUAGGGUAUGUCAGUUCUAGAAAUUUCAGCUACACCCUAGAUAUCCAGCUACAAGUGAAAAUAAUCACACGCUACACUACUAAGAAGGCGGUGCUCAGCAUAUCUUUUAUACUGAUUUGCAGUUUGCCAUUGCCUAUGUCUGCUUUUCCUCAUACAGACAACAUAUCAGACUUUCUACACAGUCUAGUCUUAAAAUGAUUACAGUAUGAAUUGUAAUAUUAUUUGUGGAAUCACCCUGAAAUUAGGCAGCUGACAUACGCUCCUAGACUGUCAGAAUACUAAAUGGACAAUUCAAUGUUUGCAUUGCAACUGGCAUUAGCAUGUCUUACAUAAUAGUAAAGACUACCACCUGCCCCUUUCCUUCCAUAGGUCAUAAUGCUUUCGAGGACAUGUAAUCUGUUUUUGUAAAUGAGAUUUAUUUUACCUGAAAGUAUAGAAGUUCUGUUAUUUGAAAAAGUACAAUAAAGAUGAACAAAAUUAUUCUUCAAAGGGAAACUUGUCUCCCCUAUUCUGGAUUCUGGGACCCCUCCCUUUCACCUCAUCUGGGGUAUUCCAGCAUACUGGGGUCUCAGCCUAGAAAGUAAGAAACGGAGGACAUCUUACAUUUUCAGUCACUGUCAGGCGUCGAUGUGGCAUUAAAAUGUCCUGCCAAGUCUCACUUGCCCUGAUAUCUGUCUUUGCACAUCCUUAGAUCCAGUUCAUGUUCAGUUCAUGAAAUACCAGGGAAAAAGACAUUUGAAAGAGUUCAGUUCUUUUUAUGUAAGUGAAAUUGAAAAGAAAAAAAAAACCUGCAGGUCCUUGAGAACUUUCAAAGAAAUGUAUUACAUAUCAAAGCAUAGCGUGAUUUGAAAGAAAGGUCAUGUUCUGAAUACUGGUGGGAAUGAAGGAAGUGAACAGUUUGUUAGGUGUGAAUAACCUGGAUCAUAAAUAAAUACUGAAAAAAUAUGGA